AUCGUGUCGCCGGUUUUUACGGCGCGAUCUCGCCGGUCGACGGGCAAUUGCGCAUGUUGCUGAUAAUUAUGCGAGUGCCAGGCUAAACGCGCAUAACACACGUCGGGCCGAGACGUUGAGAAACUUUGUAAUCUUGAUGAAAAGGGGUCAGAGGAGAGGCAGUGGCUCGCACGGAGGAUCCUUAUCGUACGCAUGUGGCGCAAGCGAGGGUGAUACGCGUACGCGGAUGUGUGCGUGCGCGCGUGAACGUGUAUAUGUGUGUGUGUGUAUACGCUCUCGCGUGUGUAUUGCGUAUGCGGGUUAUUAUUAUUAUUACAGAAACCGCACGGUGCAGCGGUGGCGGGCAAACUAGCGCAGCGGAACACGAUAAUUAUCGUGCGUCUCACAACAAGCUUGUGUGUAGACGCGGGCCGCCUUACGCACGCAUCGGUGUACCGCUUGCCAUGCUUGCGCGCUUCCGCGUAAGAAGUCUGUUACACGAACCGUCGAGAAACUUCGGAACCAGACGAGACUUGCCUGACGAGAUGCUUAACCCUGAGACACGAGCCACUUUUACAACCGCGGAAGGACGUAACGGAUUGCUCGAAAUAACUGCCGCCGUCGUAAAAUUCUAAUAUCGCUAGAUUAAUCUUUCCUUUUCUAAAUUUUUUUAAUUUUUACAAUUUUUACUUUCGCAAAAAGAGACUAUCAUUUACAAUCUUUCAGAAUUAACAGGAGACGUAGAAAUGGAAAAGGUCGUAAAGCUUCCGCAAUGACAUACUAUAUAUUAAAAGGACGCCUGAGAGAGAACGCAUUUGCGUUUUAAAGUUUAAUAACAAAGGCAAAAUGUGUUUAGAAUAAAAAUUAUGUCUUUGCAGUGUGCAGUGUUUCAGUAUUCGCAAAAGCUACCUAUAAAUUUCAUUGUUACAUGUUGAUAAAAGCGGUAAUUGCGCGGUGAAACCCUGUUAUUAUGUGUGAUCGGAUCUUGUGAUCGGGUUACAUCAGAGCUGUAUGUUUAUGUAAUCGUGUUGUUUUCUAAGAAUAGUUGGGAAUCGUAUAAUUUAUUUAUUUUUUUUUUUUUCAUCAUCUCGAAUAAGGUACAAGCCGCAAGCACGCACUUCGCGCUUCGUUACUUUCAUAGAUUUUCCAUGCACGCGAUUCGUACGUGUUCUGCGCAAAAAUCACGGGAAAAAUAGACACAGGCGAUUCAUUGUAAUAGAUAAAUGUAGCAUUAUGCGACAUCCGUUUUGUCGUCUCUGUACACCGCAUAUGAAUUUAACCUUGCACCUAUUAUCGCCCUAGGUAUUUUCUGCUACCGUAAUAUAUCGCGUUGCGAAAGCUGCUACCUAAAAGGUAUCGUCUGACGCUGAGUUGGCAGCAGAAGCCAAAGCGAUAGACAUAUCAAAUAAACUUAUCGGAAUCGCUUUGUCUUAAAUAAAAGACAAAUAAAAUUAUAAUUUAAAUUAACAGUUUUUAGUUCAAUUAAAAUUUUUUAUUUUAAUUGAACUAAAUGUCGAGCUAUAUGUCGAGCAAUUUUGUUUUUCCCUUUCUCAAAAAAAGUAUUCUUAAGCACGAUUCUUCAAAUGUAAAUUAACGUCCAACAUGCAAUAAAAAGGUCUUUGAUUGGAUGAUCCGAAGCAUGCAAUUGCUGUUUUCCUUUAAUUCAAAUUUCUUGAGAAACGACUCUUAUAAAACAGUCUUCAUUUCAAUACGUCUCAUCUAUCUGUUAUAAGAAACAACUUUUUUAACCGCAGACUUUUUGCAGCGCGUCAUCGAAAUAAAAUGAAGUUCUUGGUACAACUGCGUCAGCUAUUGUUUGCCGAUACGAUUAGUCAACGGACAAAUGUGCGAUGGGUUAAUAAGAAGAGAGAAAAAGACAGAUGUACAGAGAGGGAGAUAGAGAGGAUAGGAGGCCCCAGGUUCGAGUGCCGUUAAGUCGUGCGUUCAGUGACCGCACCGGCACACGGCGGCCUGCAAACAACAGACAGUUUGAUUAAAAGUAAUUGCGUAUGUCCGAUGUAACCGGGAUUUUGGAUGAAUUUUCGGAUCGGUCGCGCCGCGCGCCGCAUCGCGCCCGUGUUCAUUCACAGGCCGUUGGUAAUUUCGCGAAAAUGCAUUUCACGGGUCGAUUGCAAUGUGGAUCACGCUGUUGUUUUCGGCUUCGUGCUCGCUUCCUGCGAUCCUUCCGGCCCGAGCGUACCAGCCGCUAUAAUUUAUGAUGCGGAAGGGCCCGGUAUAAUAGCCGAAGGCGACUGCUCUCGCCGUCUCGUACGUGGACUCUUGCCACUAUAAAGCGCGCGAGCAAUCGGCUAAAUGUAUUUAACGGCGCGUCGGAAGAUGCAGCGUGCAUAAUUUACAUUCCGUAUUCAGUUCCCUAUAUCGAGCUCGGGAACCUCGAGCGCCAAAUUCCGUCUAGAGAAUUUUCUGCGUUAACCAUGUUUCUCGGCGUUUUAAUUAUAAGGAAAGUCGUCGCGCGUGAAUUCACAAGUCUGACGCGAUAAUAGCCUCCCUCCUGUGAUUGUCGGAAACAUUACGAUGUAGAAACAUUUAUUAUUGCAUAUUCCAUCAACUUAUGUACACUUACGUACAAUCGAUGUACGAUUAUCAACUUACUUAUUUGUUAUUCAAUUAUCGUAUUUCCUUCAAUAAUUUAAUGUAACGACAAAUAUCGCUAAUGCGAUAUAGAGAUAUCGCUAGGGUACAAUACUUUAUUCGCUGCUUGCGUAGGCUGAUUAAAAUAUAGCCUUCGUCAAUUUUCGUAAAGCAGACAAGAUACAUUUUAGAAUUGUGCAUGUUCAUGAACAAUUUUAUAUUUUUUCACAUUUGUACACACACUCUCUUUCUCUCUUUUUUCCUCACUCUUAGUUUGUAAUUCGUAUUUAUACGUUAACUGUAAACAUCUUUAUUAAUUAUUCAUGCCUUUUCUUGUCGUUUUUAUAUAAAAUGCGACAAGAAUCGCUGCAAGCGGUAAAAAACAAAUGUUUAAUGCCCGCGAUGUAUCAUAUGGGGAUCUGCAACUGUACCGCGGAAACAUAUCGACGUGUUUUUAUUUUACUUCGGGAUUGCAACUUGUUUUUAAAAUGUAUUAUGAAUGUAAAAUGUCUAGUCCGCUAAAUCUUAUUGCGACGUCGAUUCUACAUUUAAAUGAUGUAAAUUAUUGUUAUAUAAUAUACAGAAAUAGCUAGAAAACGCUUUUGAAAUUAUUAAUAUACUGACACGUAACUUUCCGCGACAAAUAUAAUUACUUAGUCUGGAGCGAUCUGGUCUUCGGUUUUAAAAGAUAAAAAUAUUGUAUUACUGUGAUUUUAAAUCAGUACACAUACAGAAAUAAAGCGGACAAAAAUCCUUCUCUCUCGCAUGAAAUACAUAAAAUAUUUGUAUAUUCCACUUUAAAAUGUGUCCUUGCGCAUAAAGCGGUACACGAGUGCUAUGGUCGCAAAUGUCGGCACAUUGUUCCAAAAUGACAUUAGUUUUGAAAGGUAAUAAUGAGAAUUUUUCUGUUUGUAAUCUACUGUAUAUCCGCAAUUUGACAAACGCAUCAGCUCGUUAAGCGCGAGCAGUUUGCGAUUAAACUUUAGUAAUUCCCCUUUGAAAAGCUCGAGACCGAGUCGAUUAAGGGUAACUAGCAUCGUAUACAAAAGUUCUCGUGCGAAGUACAGAAAGUAAUAUGUGACAAUGAAUCAUCAUUAAGAAACGUAAUGUAUAUAUAAAAAGUAUAUGUACACUCCGAGAUGCGCAAUAAUGUAAAAGUGUUUGUAAGUAUUGUAAAAAAUAAAGUUAUUACAGUUUUAUCGAAAUGUACACUCUCGCCAAACUGUUGUUCCCUCGAUCGCACUUGUGUGUACGUAAAGUCAUGUUUAAACGUUGUUAACCUCAUAAUAUUAUCUCUCGUCACAUAUUUGCUCUCUUAAUGUCGUAUUAGCUCUUCCAUGCACGCAGGAGGAAGGAGGCACCGGCGUGAAUGAAUCAGUAACAAAUAAGCGUCCCCAGUCAAGACUGGUACCAGCGAGAUCGACGUGCGACGCAGAUGUUGAGUCAUCCGUGCUAGAAAUAUCGUAAUUGCCUCGUCCGCGUACACGUAUAGGUGCAUUUCCCUCCGUCGUCGUGUACGUACGUACGCAGUGAGAAUGACGCAUCCGAUAGAUUAUAGUUCUCGGCGGUUUUUAUACGUUCCACAUUUGUUUUCUCUUCUCAACCCAGCGAUUUAAGUUUCCUGAUAAAUCUACACACAAUCUUAUGUCAGCGAGAAAAUUAAUUUUUAAGAAAAUUUUUAUUAAAAAAAAAAAAAAAAAAAAUCUGAUUCGCGUCAAAUGUAUACGCGAAUAAAUUACGCAACCGGGGCCGUAACUUCGCGUCAAUUCAAACCGACGUUUGACGAUAAUCCUCUCGUUCAUAUUUGUAUAUAGAUAUAGAUAUUGAAUAUAUUACGGAGUCUCUCGCGUUUGUCAAACGUGUGACAGUUUGCGGGAAUACAUUUUAUUGUAUAUAUUACGGCGUCAGAUACCAGCAAACGUUAUCUCUUUUCCCUAGAUUCUACCGCGCCUGUGUAAAUUUGGAAGUUUAUCACGUUGGGCAAACUCACGGUAUUGUUGCGGUCGCUCCGCAACGAACGGAAAAAAAGUGAGUUUGCAUAUCGAAUUGCAUAAACAAUAUAUUAAUUGAAAGGGCCGGUGAAUGAAAGCGCAUGGUUUAACAAUAUUUUCGAAAAUAUUUUAAUCCAGAAUCCGUUCGUUAUAUGCAUUCGGUAUAAUGGGAAAAAAAUCUCUUUUAGGCUAACAAAUGUUUGAAAUAAAAACGACAGCGACGAAUAAACGAUAGCGUUUAUGUAAAGAUAAAAUAGUAAUAAAAAGCACCAAAAAUCCUAUCAGAAAAAAAAAAAUACAAUUAUUUGCAACGUUUUACAAAAUGUUUUCAUUGUUUCCAAUGUUAAGGUUUUCGACUGCAAACUACAGUAUGACAAUUGUAAUUAAUUGUAUUGUUUCGGAUAAAUAUUGUACACUGAUACACUGAUAGCGCAAUCAGACAAUAUAACGAUUUAUUCUCGAGAUUAAUAGAACUUUUGCAGGAUAAUUUCGUAACCGUUAUUAGUUUAGGGAUUCCGCCGAGUUCUCCAAUUGCGAAAGCAAUAUUAAAAUGUCUGUGCUGGCCAAGUGUCCACUUAAGCACUUAGUUCUUCUGCAUAUGAAUGAGAAAUUCGUGUGAUAGAUUAUAAUGCAUACCAUCUGCAGUUCCGCAUCCGUUCGUUGUUGCACCUACACACACGUCGAUUCGAUCCAUCCGGCCAAAACGUUGAAUUGAAAAUAUAUGUUUUUUUUUCACAGUUAUCCGGAGGAUGACGAGGCAUCAAUUUACAAUAGCGUGACUGUGCCAUAUAGCACUGACUAUACCAUUGACUAUACAUUGACUAUACCAUUCACCAAAUGGGGACGACGGCGAUUCAUCCGGCGGUGAAACACGUGCCACAUAGAAAGUCGUCGCUAUGCAAAAUCGUUCGAUUUCACGCGAGCGAACAAAGGGGAAUUUGACCUUAAAAAUAGGAAUUAACUCCUCUCAUCUGAGUCAAUAGCGCGCACGCAUUUGUAUCGUUUAAGCUUGAGAUACAGUGAUCCCUCUAUAAUCUUAGUAUUUCGUACGCUAUCAACGCGAUACUAAUUCCAGACGCUAACAACGCAACAAUAUACGUAUUAUUGCAGUAUUCCAAUUCGAUGGGAAUGGAAUGUUCGCUGCGUUUCGGUUAAAUACAAAUGUACUUCAAACAGAGAUGCACGUCGUGCGUAACUAUUUUAUUCGAACCUGGGGGGAUGGGAAAUUGAUUUCAACAUUCCCAUCGUAAAUAUGGACGUAAUGAAGCGGGAAACCAGGUCCGGGCGCGAGCGGCUGUAUGCGAAACAAAAAAUGCAAUUAAUAUUUUUAUGCCGAUCAAAUUAAUAAAAACAGAAUAUAGCACGCCGAGGUUGUUAAUAUCAUCCAUUUAUCUAGUUGCACUCCAUUUUUUUUUUUACCGUAGUAGAUCCAAUUUUUGUCUUCGCGGAUAAUUAUAAUAGCAUUUUUCGCAUAUAUUUAUCUUAAUAUAUUUUUUUCAUAUCUUUAUUUUCACGCGAUGGUGCACUCGUCCUUGCAGCCGAUCUUGAGAGAAACUAUUCGCGCAUGUAUGCAGCUGCUGAAAAGUGUGCUAAGGUCGAGCGAUCGACAUAUACGGGUUAUCAGUAUAAGUCUUCGCCACUCUACCGAAAUAUACGCGAUCAAGAACCGGAGCGACUGAAGUUAUUAUGCCCUAAAAAUUAACCCGUUAAACGACGCACUCUGAAUCAUCGACGUUUCACCUGUUCACCUCCCAACAGCCUCGGAUAAAUAUAUUUCCGCAAAAACGGCUUCAAUUUACGCGGCAGCGGUGGUGGUGGUGACCCUGUCGUGUCCGUCUGCACCAGGUACCGCUUAUGGAUCGGUUGGUUGCUAUAGCGCGAAUACCAGCACUCUCGCUCGCUCUAUCUCUUUCCCUCUACCUGUAUCACGGCACCCUCGUCGGGGGGCAGGAGAAUCUCUCGAGUGUUAUAUCAAUGGAGUUGCCGGCGAGUAGCCGCACGGCGAAGUGGUUUUUCGCUUUAUCGCGACGGAAAUGGCGCGCUGCUCGACCUUGAGAACGUCUGGAGACACUCGAGAGAGAUUCCGUUCGGGUGACGUCGGCUGAUAAGAAGUGACAAACGAAAGGAGGAAAAAAAAUCGAGCUCGAGCGUGGUGAAUAGCGGAUGCUUUCGACGCUUGCUUUUCUCAACUGAUCGCGAAGGGCUAUGUCUGAAUGGGUGGUGUGUGCUCGUGCCGUGUUGGUCGCGGCAGCCAGGUCAACCCCGGUUCGAUCCUCGACCGCGUGAUCAGCCAGGCGAGCAACGAGGAUCAGUGUUUAUUGUAUCGGCUGGCCAACUACAAGAAGGGCGGUGAAUUGAUCGAGGCGUAUAAUCAGGGCGGUCAACCGGAGGUGGAGAAGCUAAUUCGCGAGCAAUUCGGUAUCCUGAUGUACGCGGACGGUAAGGGCCAGACAAUUAAUCGCGCGGAGUAUCUACGUUGGAAGUUCCGCGACCUCGAGCAGGUCGUGCUGCCGAUCGAGGCCUCCCUGUCGCGCUUCGAUCCCCUCGCGCAGUGGAAUGACCACGAGGCCUGCUGGCAGAUGCAGUACAGGGGCUCGCUGGGCGAGACCCUGUUGCACGUUCUAAUCAUAUGCGACACGCGGAUGCACACCAGGAUAGCGCGCAUACUGCUCAAGUGUUUCCCGCGGCUGGCUAUUGACGUCGUCGAGGGCGAGGAGUACCUCGGUGCGAGCGCCCUUCACCUGGCGAUCGCCUACGACAACAACGAGCUCGUGCAGGAUCUAGUCGAGGCGGGCGCGAUUAUAUCGCAGCGGGCCAUCGGUAGCUUCUUCCUACCGCGUGAUCAGCAGAGGAUGAAUCCCGCCAGGAAUACCGAUUACGAGGGUCUCGCGUACCUGGGAGAGUACCCGCUCGCCUGGGCCGCUUGCUGCGCCAACGAGAGCGUCUACAACCUGCUACUUGAUUCCGGCGCGGAUCCCGAUGACCAGGAUUCUUUUGGAAAUAUGAUUUUGCACAUGGUCGUAGUUUGUGACAAACUGGACAUGUUCGGCUACGCGUUGCGACAUCCGAAGCUUCCUGCUCGCAACGGAAUCGUGAAUGCCGCGGGCCUGACCCCGUUGACACUCGCCUGCCAGCUGGGGCGUGCCGAGGUCUUCCGUGAGAUGCUGGAGCUGUCCGCGCGGGAGUUCUGGCGUUACAGUAAUAUCACUUGCUCGGCGUACCCUCUCAAUGCCCUCGACACGCUGCUGCCCGACGGCAGAACAAACUGGAACUCUGCGCUAUUUAUCAUUCUGAACGGUACGAAGGAGGAGCACUUGGACAUGCUGGACGGUGGUAUUAUUCAGCGAUUACUUGAGGAAAAAUGGAAGACCUUCGCGCGAUUGCAGUUCCUGAAGCGAUUGAUUAUCUUGGUGUUUCACCUGGCAUCGCUGUCCUUAGCCGUGUACUUUAGGCCCGCGGACAUGGAUGCCGUGCUGUUGCAGUGGCCCAAGGAGAUAACGGACGCCGUACGCAUCGUAGCCGAGUGCACCACCGUGCUGGGCGUGUUGAAUUACAUCCUGCUGCAGCUGGGCGGCGAGAUGAUCAACAUUGGUCCGCUGUCGUUCCUGAAGCAACUGAGCCACGAACCGGCCAAGUUGAUAUUCGUGAUCAGCAAUCUGCUCAUUCUCGCGUGCAUUCCAUGUCGUAUCGCUGGCGAUCGGCACGCGGAGGAUGCGAUACUGGUCUACGCCGUACCCGGUUCCUGGUUUCUUCUGAUGUUUUUCGCCGGAGCAAUUCGAUUAACCGGUCCGUUUGUUACGAUGGUGUACAGCAUGAUAACGGGCGACAUGCUGACCUUUGGCAUUAUUUACACGGUUAUGCUCUUCGGAUUCUCGCAAUCGUUUUAUUUUCUUUACAAGGGAUUCCCCGGGGUGAAAUCAUCUCUCUAUCAGUCCUAUCCUUUGACUUGGAUGGCGCUGUUUCAGAUAACCCUCGGCGAUUAUAACUACGCGGAUUUGAGUAACACGACCUACCCUAAUUUGAGCAAGACGGUCUUCGCGAUUUUCAUGGUGCUCGUGCCCAUACUGCUACUAAACAUGUUGAUUGCCAUGAUGGGUAAUACAUACGCACACGUCAUCGAGCAAAGUGAAAAGGAAUUUGUCAAGCAGUGGGCAAAAAUCGUGGUGUCUCUGGAACGCGCGGUAUCCCAGAAAGACGCCCAUAAUUACCUGCAAGAAUACAGUAUCAAGCUGGGACCCGGUGACGACCCGAAUAAUCCCGCUUCGGAACAGAGAGGCGUACUGAUUAUUAAAAGCAAAUCGAAAACCAAGGCGAAGCAACGUAAGGGCGCCGUGGCUAAUUGGAAGCGAGUCGGAAAAGUCACAAUACACGAAUUGAGAAAACGAGGUAUGACCGGCGAGGAACUCCGCCGUAUAAUGUGGGGCCGUGCAUCCUUCUCUACUCCUGUGCGAGUCAGUCCCAAUGCCGGCCAGCCGCAAGUGUCGGCAGUUACUGCAGGUUUUGGUGAUGCGUUAACCGCAGCUUUGGACGUAAUGGCCUUUGCACAUGACUUUGACUUAUCCACCGCGACGGAGGGUAUACCUACCAAUAUCGAUGCGAAACAGCAGAUAAAGGCAGUGCAGUCAAAAGCCGCUCUCAACGAGCAGCAGACGAAAACAAUCCAAAAUAAUCCAGAAGCGAUGGCAAGUGUGCAACCAAAUAAACAACUUAUUGAAGAGCAAACUAAACUAUCAGGUCUCACAGAUUUAAUUGAUAAGUCUAUCGAUCCUGUGAAGGAUGUGGAGGUCAUGAAUUUGAAAAAUACAAAUCAAACAAAAGCGCUCGAAGAAACUGUCGAAGAUCCAUUUCUGCAACUCGCUAUCGCUUCCGAGACUACAACAGAUUACAAAAGUCUACUGCAAAUGGCGAAAUCCGCUGUAGCCACAAGCGAAGCUUCAAUGAAAACCACGAUCGACCCGCAAAUUCUAGCACACUUUGCCAUGGUGGCUCCACCGACCACUGAGAAAUCUACUAUCGUUAAGAAACAAUAUUUCAUGGAGUCCAGCGACAAUGACCUCGGCAACAAUAAUUUACUUGGCACCGAAGCUCGUCUUCGAAGGAUAAAAUCAGCGAAUAACAGAUUCAUUACUACAGCGAAACGGUCACGCUUCAACGACGAUGACGACAGUUCUACAUCUACAACGUCUGUCGAGCGAAGUCAACUCAGAUAUCGGCCACUUCUGAAUGAUCCGGAAGAGAGAUCGACUAAUUGUACCGAGAUCGAAGGACAAAAGAUCGAAACAAUUAAACCGGAGGUCAAGCAGAACGGCAAUAUUCCUACCAAGCCUUCUAAUAAAAUCCAAAAACGUCGGCCAAAAACGGCUAAGAACAGGGUAUCACCCAAGGAAAUUGAGGAGCCGGCGAGGAGAAGGGAAUCGAUUGAGCGGAAUAAGGUGGCCUCACCGCCAACGUCGUCCUCGGAUCCGCUCGAGCCAUGGAGCACGCGUGGCAUUACCGACAUGAACACGAUAUUGGCCUGGCGGGAGAGCGCACCGGACAGUCCUUAA